AUGAUCAACUUGACCUCAGUGAGUGGAUUCAUCCUCAUGUGGUUUCCUGAUGAGCAUAAGUUUCAGAUUUUACAUGUUUUGCUGUUUUUGGUGACAUAUCUGCUGGCCUUGACAGGUAACCUCCUCAUUAUCACCAUCAUUACCUUGGACCGUCAUCUCCAGUCCCCCAUGUAUUACUUCUUGAAGCACCUUUCUCUUCUGGAUCUCUGCUUCAUCUCUGUCACAGUCCCCCAGUCCAUUGCAAACUCACUUAUGAACAAUGGGUACAUUUCCCUUGGUCAGUGCAUUCUUCAGGUUUUCUUCUUCAUAGCUCUGGCCUCAUCAGAAGUGGCCAUCCUCACAGUGAUGUCUUAUGACCGGUAUAUAGCCAUCUGUCAACCACUGCAAUAUGAGGCCAUUAUGGAUUCCAGCACUUGUAGGAGUGCAGUGAUAGCUGUGUGGAUUGCUGGGGGCCUCUCUGGGCUCAUGCACACAGCCAUUAACUUCUCCAUACCUCUCUGUGGGCAGAGAGUCAUUCACCAAUUCUUCUGCGAUGUCCCUCAGAUGCUAAAACUAGCUUGUUCUUCUGAAUUCAUUAAUGAGAUUUCAGUGGCUGCAUUCACAACCUCAAUAGCACUUAUCUGCUUAAUCUCCAUUGUACUCUCGUACAUUCACAUCUUCUCAACAGUGCUGAAAAUCUCAUCAGCUGAGGGCCGGACCAAGAUCUUCUCCACCUGCCUACCCCACCUAUUUGUAGUCACCUUCUUCCUCUCAGCUGCAGGCUUUGAGUUUCUAAGACCCCCUUCUGAUUCUCCAUCAGCUAUGGACCUCAUGUUCUCCAUAUUUUAUACUGUGGUACCUCCAACACUCAAUCCAGUCAUCUAUAGCUUACGGAAUAAAGCCCUGAAGGCAGGUCUGAGGAAGGUGCUGUGUCCAAAGAAGAAUUUGCUCAGAGAAAGAUAUGCUUAA